AUGGUAUCUCCACUCCUUUUCUUGCUAUACUUCACCUGCCUACCUUCAGUGUCUGCAUGGAUCUUCAGCUGGCACAACCCAGACGGCAAAUUGCUGGCUGUUCAAAACGAAGGCCCCCAGGAUUGCAGGAAAAUAGAUAACCCUAAGGGGAAUGUCUUCGAUUGGUCCCCGAUAGAGGGACACUGGUGCAUUUUCCUAUACACAAACUCGGACUGCAAGGAGCCAUCUGCCGGCCAUACAUGCAAGACCUACCCCUGGUCUGACCACGCCUCGGGUCAGCAUAUACUGUCAUUUCAAGUGAAAAAGUAUACUUCCGGCAUUGAAGACUCAAUAUCGGAUUCCCCGUCGACCACCGAUGCAAAUACAUCAUCAGCACCCACCGCAACUACCCCAGCUACCACAGACGCUAGUGACGCUGCCAGCUCUUCCUCGGUCACCCGUGUAUCCUCUAUACCCAGUGCAUCCUCAGUCACCAGCGCAUCAGCUAGCGCAGAUGAGAAACAUACUAUAUCAGGUGGUGCAAUUGCUGGAAUUGUUAUAGGAGUCCUAGCCGCAGUGGCCAUUGCUGGCAUUGUUGUCUUCCUGAUCUGGCGACGACGGAGGAAUUCCGCAUAUGCCGCACAGUCAAGCACCGCCGCUCCGAGUGAUACAACAUCCGCGAUGGCGGAACUUCCUUCGCCUGCCGCAGAACAGUCGCCUAUUCCGACUAAACCAGUGUUCCGCGAGUUACACGGAUCCGCCGUCGCAACUGAGAUAGCUGGGGCAGAGCGGUAUGAACUAAGUGGGACCGAAAUUUAUACAGAGAAGAAGGCUUGA